UCGCGCUAUUUGUGGCUGUGCAUCGUCCUGCAUCGAUUGCACGCCACGUGGCGCGAGGGUCGCGAUCUCCUAAACGGUUCUCACAGCGGCAACUACGGCAGGAGGGACACGUGUCAGCCCAGAGUUUGACAGAUAAAAUUUAGAAGCCAAGCUGAGGGAGCCCAGGAGAGAGAGACACGUGGCAGUCAUCGCCGUUCCUGCAGGUUCUUGGGUGGUGCAGAUCUGACCGUCGGAUCGUUAUCAUCGGUCGAGGUACCGAUCAGGCUCAUAGACAUUGAGUGAAGUGUGGGACUGGGAGGGUCAUCUCUUUCUCGUUAGAGAGAAGCCACGUGGCGAUCGCUCGUAGGCUAGUUACCCUCCGCGUGACUUUUGGCGGACAUUCCUUCAUCUGACUACUCCGCUGCAAAUCUCUCUUCUUUCCCCUCCACUUCGCGCCGUCUACUCCCUGUCUUUGCCGACCGGAUAUCCCGGCCAUCGGUCUCCCACCAUCUCUUUCCCCGACAUCCUGAUCGCUGAUACCGGGACAAGAUGUUGGGCGGAACUGUCCAGAUGGAGUCCUGUUGCCGUCUGAACGCGCACUCCGCUGUUGCUCCUCAACGGCUUUCCAGAACCGGUUGCACUCCCAACAAGGUCACAUCGUGCUACGCUCUGCAGGACCGGGUCACAUCCUCGCGCAUUCAGUCCGAGCAACCGCAGCAAAGAUGUUGCCAGCGACUGGAGGCUGGCGGCUUGCAGAGAUGGUGCGAUCUGAAGCAUGGCCAUCGGCGGUCAAGGUUGCACUCUCGGGGUCUGUCAGACGGGCUUUUCAGGAAAGGAUGUGAAAGGCGAAGGGGUGACAGAUCGAAGGUGGUGGGUGUGGGCACGCCCAGCCCCAAGGCCAUAGCCACAGUAGACAAGGCUGCAGAAACGGUGACGGAUAGCCAAGAUAAACAGACGUCAGGGACUAGCACUACGAGGGAUGACAUUCGGAAUAUCGCCAUCAUUGCUCAUGUCGAUCAUGGGAAGACGACUCUUGUCGAUGCCAUGCUCCGUCAAGCUAAGGUUUUUCGGGAGAACCAAGUGGUGCAGGAGAGGAUCAUGGACUCCAAUGCCCUUGAGCGAGAGAGAGGAAUUACAAUUUUGUCCAAAAAUACCGCAAUUCGGUUUAAAAAUGUAAAGAUAAACAUCAUUGAUACCCCAGGACACUCAGACUUUGGCGGAGAGGUUGAGCGUGUGCUCAACAUGGUGGAUGGUGUUCUCCUCCUGGUCGACUCUGUCGAGGGACCGAUGCCUCAGACCAGGUUUGUCUUGAAGAAGGCCGUGGAGCUCGGCCACAAGGUGGUGGUUGUCGUCAACAAGAUUGACAGGCCCUCUGCGCGCCCGGGCUUUGUGGUGGACUCAACCUUUGAACUCUUCUGUGAACUGAAUGCUUCAGAUGAGCAGUGUGAUUUUCCUGUAGUAUAUGCGAGUGGAGUGCAGGGGGUUGCUGGGUUAGAUCCUGGACAGCUGGCACCAGACCUGGAACCGCUUUUCGAUACAAUCAUAAGUAGAAUCUCUCCUCCAAUUGUUCUCAAAGAUGCCCCACUUCAAAUGCUGAUAGGCGAGACUCUGGCUUGCAAGGUGCACGGCGUAGCUCUGCCGACAAUCAAGGUGGAGGAGCCGACGGUGCGGAUGUCAUUCAUGGUGAACAUUAGUCCAUUUGCCGGAAAAGAGGGGAAGUAUGUGACUAGCAGGAACCUGCGGGAGCGGCUGUACAAGGAACUGGAGAAGAAUCUGGCCAUGAAAGUUGAGGAUGGGGAAACCUCUGACACAUUCAUUGUCAGUGGAAGAGGCACUUUGCAUAUUGCAAUUUUGAUCGAGAACAUGAGGCGAGAGGGUUACGAGUUCAUGGUAGGAGCUCCAAGAGUGAUCAACAAGGAAGUAAAUGGCAGAAAGCUGGAGCCUUUGGAGGAAGCCAUUGUGGAGGUUCCGGAAGAAUACGUCGGCACGGUAGUGGACUUGCUGGGGAAGCGACGAGGGCAAAUGAUGGACAUGAGCAGCUCAGGACUGGAAGGGACCACCAUCGUGAAGUACCUUAUGCCAACGCGAGGACUGCUUGGACUCCGGAAUACGAUGCUCACUGCAACCCGAGGAACUGCUGUGCUCAACACCAUCUUUCAUGGCUAUGGUGAAUGGGCCGGUGAUAUUAGCAUGCGAGAACAGGGCUCCUUGGUAGCUUUUGAGAAUGGUCAGACGACGGCUUAUGCAUUGUUCAGCUGCCAGGAGAGAGGGCAGAUGUUUAUUACCCCUGGUGUAGAAGUUUACAAAGGGCAAAUCAUCGGCGUUCAUCAACGGCCAGGGGAUCUUGCUCUCAACGCCUGCAAGAAGAAGGCGGCUACGAACAUCAGAUCAAACAAGGAGCAAACAGUCAUCCUGAAUACGCCGCUUGACUACAGCCUGGAUGACUGUAUAGAGUACAUUCAAGAAGACGAGCUUGUUGAAGUGACGCCCUUGAGCGUUCGGAUGUGCAAGAAUCCGAAAAUGCCGCAGUCGAAAACGAAACGAUAAGCGCCCAUGCUCGUCUCCGUGAUCCAAGUUUGAA